CAGGGUAUGAGGGACCUGUGUCGCUUCACCUGUCUUGUAAGGCGGUUCUCGGGCUUACACGCCAUCUGGUACACCAAAUCACGAUCUGACCGCGCUCUUCACUCCCAAACUGGAUAUUCGGACUUUGCACUUGCCUCUGGCCAGCGCUCUUCUCUGCAGAUGAAUGCUCAGGCUAACUUCUAUCCCACUCGCGCAAACCAUCCCCUUCCCCCUGCCUCGCAUCUCUCGCAACUGGAUUAGCUAGACAUCGAUGACUGCGUUACCCGGGCCCUUUUCUCUUCAGAUUGACGCUUACGCCGUCGGGAAAGGCGAGUUGAUGCCUUCCUUGCGAAUCAUCGGUCCAGACAUACAUGCGACCGUCUGAAGGUCAUGAGGCCACGUAAGUAUAUGCCAAUCACCAUAGAUGCA